CUGACAGCUGACAGCGACUAAAAAUACGUGACAUUAUUUUAUUUAAUACAUAUUUUCGAAUCAAAGAAUUAUUUGAUUUCAGUUUCAACUUUCAGUCACCCCGUAAAUUUUAUGUUUCAUUGAAUUACUCUUAAACAAAUAAUAAACUCCUUUGUAGAUGGUGUCCUCUUCUCAAAACGACGACUUUAAAAUCAUUCAGUUAGUUUCCUAUUCCCAUUUAUAAAAAACAUUCUAUUGUAUUUAAUAUAAUGGCUGAGGAACCAAAACCAGUUAACGAAGAAGAUUUAAGGGAGUUAAAGGAAAGGAUGAAAUUAAUCGUAGAUGCGGAUCCAGGCCAGUACCACAACGAUUAUUCAUUGAAGAGAUAUCUACGAGCGUUUAAAACUAUCGACAAUGCAUUUCAGGCCAUAUUAAAAACAAAUAAAUGGAGAGUCGAAUAUGGUGUAUCUGACUUGCAUGAAAACAAAGAACUAAUAGAAAAAUAUAAAGACAAAGCUAGAGUUCUAAGGCACAGAGAUAUUGCUGGGAGGCCAAUUGUUUACAUCCCAGCUAAAAAUCACAGCUCAAGUGAUAGAAACAUUGAUGAGCUUACAAAAUUUAUUGUAUAUUGUUUGGAAGAUGCCAGUAAGAGGUGUUUUGAAGAAGUGGUGGAUAAUUUGUGUAUCGUUUUUGACUUGAAUAACUUUACUUUGUCCUGUAUGGAUUACCAAGUCUUGAAAAAUUUAAUUUGGCUCCUUAGUAGACAUUACCCAGAGAGACUUGGAAUUUGUCUCAUUAUUAAUGCUCCAACAUUUUUUUCUGGUUGUUGGGCAGUUAUAAAAGGAUGGCUUGAUGAAAACACAUCAAGAAAAGUUACGUUUGUGAACUCUGAAAUGGAACUCUGUCAAUAUCUUAUACCAGACAUCCUGCCCACCAAUAUUUAAUGAAGGUAUUUUAAAUAUACUAUAGUUAUUAUGUAUUUAAAAAAAUCAAACUUAGCCAUACUGUUAUGCUUGCAAUAAGUUAUUGAUGUUUAUACUAGUCACCUACCUAAUAACAUACACUAUUUAUAUACUGCUGUCUUAAUUGCUGUUUUUAAGUAAAAAUCUAUAGACAAGGAGAAAAUAUGACUAUUUAUUAAAAUAAAAAUCACACGUGUUUUGAAGAUUUUGGAUACUAAGAGGUAUGGAUUCGCUUAAAUAAAUAGCCUAGUCUUGGAAUCUUAUUACUUUUUCAAAAUUUAAUAGCGAAAUUAUAUAAUUUGCAGGCCUACUAUUAGGUAUAAUUUCAGUCAUAUCACAUAAAUGAAUUAAGUUGUUAUUUUAUCAGACAGUUAUAUAAGUAAAAGAAAAAUGAAAUUAAAAUAGUUCCAAUAUAGUAUUCUAUUACUUACUAUUAACUUAAGUACAAGUGGUACAAUGUAAGUUGUUGUAUUUCAUUAAAAUAGAUAUGUAAGAAUUACGUACAUUUUGCUUUAUUUCAUAUUUUUUUUACAAACUAACUAAUGCCUGAUAAUAAGUACCUGAUAAGUAUGUCUUGUGAUUUGUUUGUAGCAUCAUUCCAAAAAUAAUACAUAAAAAAAACAACAAUAUUACCAUUAAAUUAUAAUGUAUAUGAAAGCUCAGUGAAUGUUACUAUACAAAUUGUACUGUAAUUGUAUAAGUACAUCAGUAGAAACUAUGUAAAAAAUAUAUAUAUUUAACUUCAGUUGCUGUAAUCAUGCUUUAUUUUAUGUAAUGUAUAAUAAUAAACAUAUAUGUAAUUGAUAUAUUUUAUUAAAUAGUUUGAUAUUUUAUGUUAGUUUAUUUUAUACUAGCUGAUGUCCUCGACUUUGUCCACAUGCAUUAAGGUUAUUAAAAAUCCUGUUUCAACUCUUUCAUUUUCCGGGAUGAAAAGUAGCUAUGAUUCUCUCCAGGUCUUUAACUAUACCCAUACAAUUGCGACGUGAUUAAAGGACAAACCAAUAACAACAAAAAACACACUUUCGUAUUUUUAAUAAGGGUAGUGAUUGUUUAGGCUAUUAAAUUUUACUCUGCCGUCAUUCAUAAUAAUUUAUGACUUAUUUAUUUGUGACAGUUUUUUUAAUUAAUUAUACCAGUUUUUAUUCAAUUAAAAUAGGUACCUAAAUAAAUUUCUUUUGCAAUGUUGCAAUUUAAUAAAUUAGUAUAAGUUCUGAAGAUUAACUUACUAUUCUGUUACUAUAUUAUUAACGUAGUAUUAGUUAUACUAUUAAUAGUAUUCUGUGGUUAUGCUCUAAUUACAACAGGGUACUCUGUGUAUAAAAAAUAUAUAGUUAAGUAAAUAUAUUUAUUUGAAAAAAUUCA